AUGACGGCAACAGCUGGUCAGCCGUUGAAGCGGCUGCGUGGCCUCCAGGCAGCGGCGCACGAGAGGCGGUCGGCGGCAUUGGCUGCGGCGAUCCAUGAAGGCCUCCUGCAAGAGGACGUGCUCGACUUUACGCCCACUGCCAUACUUAUGGACGUCGACCUGAUUGAGGCGACCAUCGCCCACCUGCGCCAUGGCGCGGGCUACCCCGAGGACACGCUCCACACGGUGGCGGUCAAGGCUAACCCCGUGGGCGGGGUGCUGCGCAUCUUCUUGGAAGCAGGCAUGGGCGCGGAGGUGGCCUCUCUGGGGGAGCUGGCCCAGGCCCUGCACGUGGGCUUCCCCCCCGACCGUAUCGUGUUUGACUCCCCGGCCAAGACGGCCGCUGAGCUGGAGUUUGCCCUGGCGCGGGGCGUCCCCACCAACCUGGACAACUUCCAGGAGCUGGCCAGGGCUGCGGCGCUGGUGGCCGCGCACCCAGAGUGGCUGGAGCGCCCUGGCGGACUGGCUGUGGGCCUGCGCAUCAACCCGCAGGUGGGCUCCGGCUCUAUCGCUGCGCUGUCAACAGGAGGCGCUGUCUCCAAGUUUGGCUUGCCCCUGUCAGAGUGUCGCGAGGAGCUGGUUGCCGCGUUUGUGGCGCACCCCUGGCUCAACAUGCUGCACCUGCACGUUGGGUCACAGGGCCUGCCGACGUCCUUGAUCGUGGAGGGCGCGGCGAAGGUGGUGCUGCUGAGGCGACGCGUGCCGGCGCUCUUCGACCCCGACCGGGGUGUGCGGCUCAUGACAGAGAACGGCCGCUCCCUGCUGGCCAAGGCCGGCUGUGUCGUGAGCCGCGUGGAGUACACCAAGGCCUCAGGGGGCAGGCGCAUCGCCGUGUGCCACGCUGGCGCCGACCUGCUGAUGCGCGCCUGCUACAUGCCAGAGACGUGGGGCAUGCGCGUGCGCGUGUGCGACAGCAGGGGGGCGCCCAAGGAGCCGCGCUCGAGCGCGGGAGCGGGCAGCGGCGAAGAUGGCGGCGGCGGUGACGUCAGCGGCGGUGAUGUAAGCGUUGGUGGACUCACCGGUGACGGAGUGGAGCUUGAGAUCCAGGACAUCGCGGGGCCACUAUGCUUCCAGGGCGACCGCCUCGCAACAGCGGCGCUGCUGCCGCGCUGCGAGGUGGGGGACUGGGUCAUGGUGCUGGAUGCGGGUGCCUACACACUCAGCAUGGCGUCACGCUACAACAGCCGCAGCUCCCCUGCAGUGUACGGCUUCAGCGGGGGCCCCAGCAGCGGUGCCGCCAGCUCAGGCGAUGCGGGGGUGUGGGCCGUGAAGUUGCGGAAGCUGAGGGGGCGGGAGACGCUGCAGCAGGUGCUCGAUUACUGGAACAUUGAGUAA